AUGUGACCUUCAGUCAGCUGCUGCUGUCACAUGACAGCUCUAGAGCGCUGUAGAAGAAGGAAGUGUUUGUUUUGCUGGGCGCCUGCAGAGGUGAGAGGGGCGAGCUGCCGGGGGAAGUUUGGGUGGAACAGAGAGACAAGAAAGAAGGCAGAUGGACCUCUAUUUACAAUGCUUCAUGCUCCUGGGGGGCCUCUUUCUUGUUGCCUGCUACACUGCAGAUGAGGUUACUUAUUUACCUGGGUUGCCUAAGCAGCCAUCUUUCCGACAGUAUUCAGGCUUUCUCGAUGUGCCAGAGGGAAAACACCUUCAUUAUUGGUUUGUGGAGUCUCAGAAGGAUCCCAGCACUGACCCUUUAGUUCUCUGGCUAAAUGGAGGUCCAGGCUGCAGCUCAUUGGAUGGACUGCUGACCGAGCAUGGCCCUUUUCUGAUCCAACCAGAUGGAGUUACUCUGGAGUACAAUGACUACUCUUGGAACAAGAUUGCCAAUGUUCUGUACCUGGAGGCUCCGGCUGGUGUGGGCUUCUCAUACUCUGAUGAUAAAAACUACAAGACAAAUGAUUCAGAGGUUGCUCACAAUAACUAUCUGGCAUUGAAGCAGUUUUUCCAGCUGUAUCCUCAGUUCAGUAAAAAUGACUUUUACAUUACGGGGGAGAGCUACGGGGGAGUGUACGUGCCCUCACUGGCUGUGGAGGUUUCUCAGGACUCCAGUAUAAAUCUUAAGGGGAUAGCUGUGGGCAACGGACUAAGCAGCUAUGAGAAUAAUGACAACUCGUUGAUUUUCUUUGCUUAUUACCAUGGGAUUUUGGGCAGCCAGCUGUGGUCUGGAUUACAGAGGUAUUGCUGCGCAAAGGGACCUUGCCAGUUCUAUAACAAUCCAGAUGGAAACUGCUCCCUCUUGGUACAAGAAGCCAUGCAUGAUGUGUACAGUACAGGACUGAAUAUCUACAAUCUUUAUGAGUCCUGUACUGGAGGGGCCCCUGGGGAGGUCAGGGAUAAUGGUGAUCAUGUAACAGUGUAUCAUCCAGGAAUGAUUUCUCCUCAGCUACUCAAACACUGGAACAAGAAGCUGCUAUCCCUUUCACUUGUACAGAAACCGAUACGAAUGGACCCCCCAUGUGUAAAUAGCACAGCUUCCCGUACCUUCCUGAACAACGGGCUUGUGAGGCUAGCUCUUCACAUUCCUUCAAGUGUGCAGCAGUGGGAGGUCUGCAGCUAUGAUGUGUACAGUGCCUAUGGGCGUGUAUAUCAGAGCAUGAAGGACCAGUACCUGAAGUUACUCAGUACCAUGAAAUACAGAAUCUUGGUUUAUAAUGGAGAUGUGGAUAUGGCUUGUAACUUCCUGGGAGACCAGUGGUUUGUGGACUCUCUGCAACAGAAGUUACAGGUACAGCGUCGACCCUGGUUAUAUAAGGAGGGGGAACAGCAGCAGCAGAUUGGUGGCUUUGUAAAGGAGUUUUCUAACCUUUCCUUCCUAACCAUCAAGGGAGCUGGUCACAUGGUACCAACAGACAAACCAAAUGCUGCAUUUGUUGUGUUCAGCCGCUUCAUCAAGAAUGAGCCCUUCUAAUUGCAAGCACCCCUGCAACACACUAAAUAGGUCUGCACAAAAUUUUCCAAAAGCUCUGAAGGCUUUAGGCAUGUAUCACAAGCAUCCUUUCCCUUCUCAAUAACUUGCUUUCUGUCAGUAGUUUCCCUAGGGCGCAAAGAAACAAAAAGUCUGAGCCCAAAUCUGCUUCCUUUAGCUCUGUCUACUGUUAUACAGUAGCAAUGUGCUUGAAAGAUGGGAACACAGCAUUGUGUCAGUAUAUUGAUUAUUUAAUGAAUACGCCUAUAAGGAAUAACCACUGUUGGGUUUGUGGGUGGCUCUUUCCUGGUUACCCAGUCAUGUUCAUCUCGGGUGCCAGCUGCUUGUUUUUUGCUUUGUAUAGGGUUGUUGAUCUGUGUGGGAUGCUGGUGCCGACCCUAAAAUAUUGCAUUUCCUACCUCUGCUUAAAUUAAAAGGGAUAACCCUUAUUCCAGUUGAGCUGAUUUGAUCUGUGUUUUCUCAUUAAAUCAAAAUAUCACUUGAAGCAAAGUCUGUAACUGAUUUUCAAUAAAAGGAUUUUUUUAAAAUAAC